AUGGCAUCCUCUGUGACGACGAAGCUCCCAGCAGCAGUACGCAAGCUGUGUCAACAUGGAGUCGAAGCCCUGAAGCCUCAGCUCAUCAAGAAUUCCAAUACUCGGCUGUCUCAACAUUGGAAUCCACCCGCCAUUCCGAAAAGGAGUCAGAGCAUGCUUCGAAAGAGGGCAGUGAGAGAAGGAACGUACGGAAGCUUUGAUGCAACAACUGGAAAAGGAUGGGACCCUGCUUGGGAUAUUGAACUUGCCAAAACUGGAAAUGGCGGUGGCAAUGGCCGCAUUCGGCUUCGUCCCAACAAGAAGACAUCUCGCGACCGCACUCGUGAGCAGCGAGCUCAAAAGAUCGAGAAGACUAUGGAGGAUAUGGAUGAGCAGAUUGCUCAGUACUACAUGGACAGGAAGGCUGAGAAGCCAGUCAAAGACUUUGAAUGGUACUUCAAAAAGCACACCAGAAGGAAGUAG